UAGAGGGAAACUAGAAAUGUGCUUGCAUUUCAAAAACAAGGAAGUGCAAGUGUGCUUCUAUUUAAGUCUCACCGUAUAAUACAACAUUUAAGACGGGUCCUAUAAACACACCAUACAUACAAUAUGGUGGACGACGAAAACUAUUUGAGUGUGGUAGCUUAACUUUCCGAACUGAUAUAUGUUAAUAAAUGUUGAACUGUUUCAACUAAUUAUGCAACUCGAAUAAAAAUGAACAUCUCUUUGGAAUGUGUUAGUUAUUCUGAUUUACUUCCUUAUUUAUUCUGUGAUCUGUUACGGACUUUCUAAAUUAGAGAUGCUCUUUUAAACAUCAGAUACUUGCUGGUCAUUUACAAUUUUAGGAUUUCGAGUUUUGUCUCAGAAGUUCUAUCGUCAAUAUUAAUUAAAAUAAAAAAUGCUGAACGUACCAUCUCAGUCCUUUCCAGCUGCCAGCUCACAGCAGCGAGUAUCUUCAUCUGGGAGAAGUAAGGUUCCUCUGAAGCCCGGUCGGAGUUUAAUGGACUGGAUUCGCCUAGCAAAAAGUGGAAAAGACCUAACAGGCCUCCGAGGGAAGUUAAUUGAUGUGACAGAGGAGGAGCUGGCAUCUCACAACAAAAGGGAUGACUGCUGGAUCUGCAUACGAGGCCUGGUGUACAACGUGAGUGCCUACAUGGAGUACCACCCGGGGGGAGAGCAGGAGCUGAUGAGGGCAGCGGGAGCAGAUGGCACAGACCUGUUCGAUCAGGUGCACCGCUGGGUUAAUUACGAAUCCAUGCUAAAGGAAUGUCUUGUGGGCAGAAUGGCUGUGAAACCUAGCACAGGAUCUAAAGAUUCUUCAAGUACAAAGGGACAGAAGCAACUCGUAAUUGGUGUCCCUGUAGCAGAAGAACGUGAACCUUCUUCCAAAGACAUCACUCCUAGAUAUGACUGGUUCCAAACAGACACAACUAUCACUAUUGUUGUAUAUACAAAGCAAAAGGACCUGACCUCAGAGUGUGUAGUUGCUGAUCUUAUCGAUGGUGCACUGAGAUUAGAAGUGGUGCUUGGAGAACUUUCCUAUCUAAUGCACCUCCGAUUGUCUCAAGACGUACAAGAACAUUUAUCUAUACAAACAUCGAGUGGAGUUGGAAAAGUAGAAGUAAGCAUGAAAAAAGUGUCAAGCCAUAAGUGGCAAGAAUUAGGUGAACCCCUGGACUCCCACAAUUCCCUGCUGAAGCAAAAUGUCUCUGGGAUCUUCUUCAGAAAGUGUACCCUGGUUUCUAAAACACCUGUAACACAUGACACCAAACUGCUCCGUUUUCAACUUCCAAAUGGAACAAGGUUUAUGGUGCCUGUCGGAAAUCACGUUUACCUCAAGAGUCUGGUUAAAGGGAGUGAAAUUAUAAAACCGUACACACCUGUAUUUAUGACUCUUAUGCCAGAACAUCAAGAUAGUACUGCCAGUAAAGAUACAGAUAUAUUCCUAAUGAUAAAAAUAUACCCUGAUGGAGCUUUCACCUCUUAUAUCGAAAGUCUACAAAUUGGGGCUACUCUGUACAUAAGCAAUCCUGGAGGCCAGUUCAGAACCAGUCGUAUCCAAGACAUCACAGACCUGUAUCUGCUAGCAGCUGGUACUGGCUUCACUCCUAUGGCUAAACUCAUACGAUAUGCUUUGAAGAACCUGGCAGCUCUUAGAAAAAUCAAGUUAAUCUUUUUCAACCGAAGAGAAGGGGAUAUUCUUUGGCUGGAUCAGCUACAACACCUUGCCCUGGAAGACAAAAGGUUUGAAGUUGAAUAUGUUCUCUCUGAGCCUUCAGCCGAAUGGAAAGGCAAACGAGGAAGAAUUGAAACAUCCUUAUUGUCAAACGUCAUGAGCAGAAGUAAUAACUCAAAAUGUUUUGUCUGUGUCUGUGGUCCAACACGUUUUACCGAACAAGCACUGGGGAUGCUGCAGCAACUUGGCUACUGUGAAGAAGAGAUCCACGCUUUUCAAGGAUAAGGGCACUAAUCUGGGCAACAGAAACCUCAAAAUAUGUAUCGCAAAACUAUGCUUGAAGUACUUUUUUCUAUGCAGGGUUAAAUACCAAUUAUUUUGAACAGGAAGUUAGUACUUUGUGAUGUAGGGAAACAAUAUUUAUUUAUAUUUCAUGGUUCCUAGACUGUUGUUGUUACCGAAAAGAUAAAUGAGUGCUGUGAAAUUCUAACUACAGUAGUAGUAAAAAUGAAUUACAUUUUGCAGUAUGUACUCAGGUUGAUUGUAAUUCGUUGUAAUAAAGUACAUUUUAUUGUGUUAUCUUUUAUGUAAAUGUAUUUUAAUAAAACGUAGGGACCAGUUCACUUAUUACAACCAUUCCUCAGAAUUCCUAAAUCAUAAUUUUGUUAGAAAUAGCGGCACUUUUUGGUUGGACUGCUGUUGUUGCUUAUUUCUCAAAUUGCUGUCACCUGGAUGUUGAAACAUAUUUAUCUUUAAAUUCAGUCAUGUACUGUAGGUUAGAUAUGUAGUGGGUACACCUAGAUCCAUCAACAGAUUUGUUGGUUUUGUAAAUGACAUCUAUUCUUUUAUGACCCUUUAUUUAUGUCACAGGUUUUGAAAAUUGCAUUGAUUUCACAGAA